UAGCGCAUUCAUCGCAUCCCAAAAAUUAAGAGAAUUUUAUAUAAAAUAAUUUUGUUUUAAGUUUAUACAUGCAAUGGAUGGAACAAACGUAGAAACAGAAGCUGGGGACGUUGAUAAACAUGUUAAAAGGAUUUAUUUCUCAAGACAGGUGUUUUCAUGUGGUGCGAUUGUGCUGAACUAUUUGAUGUAUGGCAUGUACAUGGGAGCACCCACAGUCAUCAUACCUCAGCUGAGGAGAGAAGCUAACUCGACGGACGUCGUUACACCGGAGAUGGCUUCUUGGCUGUCUUCUAUAUCUGCGUACUGUGGUAUCCCAUGGGCGUUUAUUUUGCCCAUGAUAGCGUUUCGAUAUGGAAGAAAAAUCAUUUUAGUUGCUGUAACUAUCACCGUGUUGAUUGGAAACAUAAUUUUCUAUUGUAGUACAAGUGUAAUAGAACUUUUGGUGAGUCAAGCAAUACAAGGAAUACUGGCCGCAUCAAUAAUGACCAUCACUGUAAUGGUUAUGUCUGAGUACACAUCACCUAAAUAUAGAGGAGUUUUGUUAGCUGUAAAAUCUGCUACAUUCUACUGGGGAGUGUGGAUCGCUAAUGCUAUUGGAACGUUCUACAACUGGAGAAACAUUGGCAUCGUUAUUUUUGUCUGUAUAUUUUUUAAUUUUUCAUCCAUAUUUUAUAAGGAAUCACCCUACUGGUUAGCAACAAACGGACGUUUCGAAGAAUGCGCGAGAAUCCACAGAUGGUUGAAAGGCACUGGUGAAGAAUCAGAAAAAGAAUUAAGAAAACUCAUUUUAUCACAACAAGAUCAUUUGAACAAUAAGACAGAAUUUAAUAAGUUACCUCACUACAAAAAGCAUAUUAAAAUAAUAAAUAUAGUAAAAUCUAAAAGUUUUCACAAACCUCUUUUUUAUGCAAUAUUACCAACAAGUCUAGUCCACUUGUCAGGCAAGGUAGUAUAUACCAUCUACGCAAUUGACAUCAUUAAGAAAAUAACAUCAAGCGAAGAAACCGCUUACGAAGGAAUGCUUAUUCUGGAUGGAGUGACUGUAUUGGGCAUGUACUUUGGUUGCAGUUUAGCUAGGUUUAUGAGACGUCGAACGCAAUUAAUUUUAUUUACGUGUAUUGGAGUAGCUUUUUUAUAUAUCUUAUCCGUUUAUAUGUAUAUGAUUAAAUUAGGUAUCAUAUUAGAGGAUAAAUAUUUGUCAUUGUUUUUAUUAACAGCAUUUUCAAUUAGCAUAGGUGGAGGCCCUAUGAUUCUCUCAUCUUGUUGUGCAUCAGAGUUGGCUCCAUUAAGGUACAGAAGUUACUUUUUGUGCUGUCUCACUCUUUUCAACAGUAUGUUGUUAGCGUCCACUGUUAAAUUCUCACCGUUGAUUUUUAAAAAUUGCGGCACUCAUGGUGCUUUUUUAGUUUAUGCCAUAUCAACAACUAUUGUUAUAGUUCUUGUAAGUAAAUACAUGCCAGAAACAAAAGAUAAGACUAUACAGGAAAUACAAGAACGCAUUACACAAGAUGGUACACAACUAAAAACUUUGAUCAAAAAUAAAGAGUCUGAGCAAUCAGGGUAAGGAAAGCUUACCCUUUUUGAACCUUGUGUUUAAUAUAAUAAAUACGCCAUGCUAAAUUUGGGUAUACUUAUAAAGGAAAUGUCUGAUCCGGUGGAUUUUGUACCCCUUAGAGUUACAUUUUAUUUUUGUAUAUCCAAGAAUUAUGAAAAAAGCAGGUUUUACUUAUUAAAACAGAUUACGUUUUUUAAGUUGGUCGACUAUAACUCUUUAAAUAGCAAUUGCUACUUAGCUAUUAUAGUUUUCCUUGUAAUUUUUUCACGUAUCCAUAAGCAACUGUUUAGCUGGUAGAUGCCGGGACACUUGACUCUAACAAAAAUUAGUACUUAAAAUGUUAUUAUUUUACAAAUGGAUCUCUAAAUCGAAAACCCUAAAAAAAAUUUAUACCCUAAAAAAAUAUAUUUCAAGAUUUUAUUUUACGACUUUGUUCAGAAUUUUAAUCUUCAUACUCAAACUAAAUUACAGCUUUCUAGUAGUGAUAGUCUCGGCCAGACAGACGGACAUGGUGAAACUAUAAGGGUUCCUUGUGGACUACGGAACCCUAAAAACUUUAAUUUUUAAUUUUUAAGUUCUUAACUUAAGGUAGGAUAAGUAUUUCUUUUACGAUCUCUGGUCAGGUAAAACCAUAUUCUUCAACCUCAACAUCCAAAGUUGUAGUAAUUGUAAUUUUUUUUAAUUAAAAAUAAAAUAUUUUAUACUUU